AUGGGUGCUCAUGGAUCCAAUCUGGAUGAAAUCCUGGCUGAGGACAUGCACCACUGGUACAAUAAGUUCAUGAAGGAGUCUCCGUCUGGGCUCAUCACCCUGUUUGAGCUAAAGAACAUGUUACAGAUGCAGGGGAUGACCGAGGAGGCCAGCAGCUAUGUUGACCAGGUCUUCUUCACUUUUGACAUGGAUGAGGAUGGGUAUAUCGAUUUCGUCGAAUACAUAGCAGCUGUAAGUUUGCUACUGAAAGGCGAGAUCAACCAGAAACUGAAGUGGUACUUUAAACUUUUUGAUCAAGAUGGAAAUGGAAAAAUUGACAAAGAUGAGAUGGAGACUAUAUUCAAGGCUAUUCAGGAUAUAACUCGUAUCUAUGACGACCCUCCAGACGAGAUCGUGGCACUCAUUUAUGAAAGGAUUGACAUUAAUAAUGAAGGUGAGCUUACUUUAGAAGAGUUCAUCACUGGUGCUAAAGAGCACCCUGACAUCAUGGAGAUGCUCACCAAGAUGAUGGACCUCACUCAUGUGUUGGAGAUUAUAGUCAACGGACAGAAGAAGAUGGCUAAAGCCAAUGUGUGCGAUACCUAGUCAUGGACACAAGCCUUUCUGCCUUAUAAUAAUAUACAACCUUCAAUUGAAUAAAAAGUAGUGUAGGUGAUAGGGAGAGGGAAAUGUGGUGUCUAAGAUGCUUAUUCUUAUCCCAUGGUUGCAUUACGUUUACACUAAACCCAGGAAUGGAUCACAGAGUAUGUUAUCAUCCAUUCUAUACAAAUUGAUCACUAAUCGUGAGAUUAAACAACCCUGCUGAAAGGCACAAUGGUAGUGCAGGUAUUUGAACUCACAACCUCCCGAUCAGCGAUACAAUGUCUUACCCAUUGAGCUACCUCCGCCCGCGAGACCAUAAUAGCAGCAACACUGCAAGUCUUAGCUAAAUGGGAAGUGAGAAAGUGGACUUUGGAUUAUGGUCUACUUUGUUUGCUCUUUACUUAUAUGCACAUCAUGCAAAAGCAGGAGAGUGGGCCGCAUGUGCAUCUUUAAAGUUCCUCCUUUAAAGAGUAGUCUAAUUAAACUAGUCUAGUUUAAUAAAAACUAGUCUGCUAAACUACCCAAGAAGAAUUAAGAUACAUUAAGCUUGAGCCAUGCAUAACCAGUUUUAUACCUGCUUAUAGAAUUAUAAACCUUAUGAUAGCUGUCUCUGAUCAGUUAGGCUGAAUCUAAAAGAAGGGCUCUUUGCACAUCGUUCACGAGGUUCACAUGUGGCAUGAGUAAAUCACAUGGACAUUUUGUGGAAAGCUCUGUUUUAUCAAGAACCACGUUGUCAUCCAUGUGUAAUCAUAAAGGUCUAAGGCCGCACAUUUCACAUUAGCUAACCAUUUGUCUUUAGCUGAUAAUGCACGCGGGUGCCAGUUUUUAUGCUGGCAUUUCUGUAAAUCAAACAGUAAUAUUUCAGAACACCAAAAAGCAAAUAUCUUUCUAUCAUUGCAUGCAAUAUUAUUAAUGCCAAAAGUGAUUGCAUGGCAGAAUGAAAUCUACCAGUCUAGUCAGUAUCGACCUGCAAAGUGCUGUCAAAUUUAAUCCUAAUUAAACUUAAAUGUGCAGUAAAAUGCUAUACUUCAAAUCAAUUUGUGCAGAGCAUCAGAGCUAUAUUCAGUUACUGUGCACCUAUAAAGCGCAUCUAUACAGUACAGAUUAUAGAAUUGGUAAAAGGGCCAAAGAGUGUUUGGGACGUUACUGUGAAGGAGGUGUUUCAGACAUUACCCUCCUCUGAGACUUCAUUGAUGAUUGAACACACUUUUGAAUUAAACUUCACUGAAUAAGUAAUAAAGUUGUGGUGUUUAGCAAUGUCGUAUUGCAGCUCCAGGGUUGGGGGUUGAAAUUGCAGCUCUGGUCCAGUGUGUGUAGAGUUUACAUGAUCUCCCUGUGGGUUUCCUCCUAUAGUUCAAAGACAUGUACAAGUAGCCCAACCCAGGAGACUUGGGGCAUGAGGCAGGGUACACUCUGGACAGGGUGUCAAUCCAUAUCAGGGCACACACACAUACAGUACACACACUAUGGGCAAUUCGGGAGCACCAAUUAGCCUAAUGUGCGUGUCUUUGGACUGUGGGAG